UCGAGCUUUUCACUUCAUGCAGCAAAGAAGCGCGCGACGCAUCACGGCACUUUUCCGCGAUUAAUGUUCGGAUAAAUCGGCAGCAAGCGCGCGGUGAGUUUGCAUUUACACAUCAAUAGAUGUUCCGCAGUCGGAGCUCUUUGAACUGGAAUUUCUGUGUAAAGUGGGAGAGGAGACAGCGCGGCGUCCGCCGGAGUGAGACUCGGAGGGAGGAGGUGAGGAGGUUCUUCAGUCGCCCCCUCUUCUUCUCGCUCCUCACUAACUUUCUGAACGCGUGUUUCCGUUAAAAGGCUUGUUUAGAGUAAAUGUGCUAUUUCCACACAGAGCGUCUCCGGUUCUACCACAGUUUCUGGCCACAGUUGAGGAUGAAGGCAGGUUUGGCAGGAAGAUGCAGCCCCUGCUAGAGUCAUCACCUCACCACCAUCAUCCACCUCUCCGCUCUCCUGCUCGCACCCUCCACCUGUAGCCCACCAUGGCCAAUCACCUGGAGUUGCUGACGGAGCUUCAGCAGCUGGAUAAAGUGUCUAGCCUAGAGCGCCUCCGAGCGGCUCAGAAGCGUCGCACGCAGCAGCUCAAGCGAUGGGCCGUCUACGAAAAGGAAAUGCAAAACAAGAAACGCAAGGCCGACAAACGCCGUGGCUGCCAUGGGAACAUGGUGGAAAACAGAAGAAGGAUUUCGUUUUCUGCGAACGUGGCUUUGUUGGAGGCAUCAGCGCGGAACGAUACUGAUGAAGUGAGAUAUCUGCUAAAGAACAACAUCCCUCCUGAUCUUUGUAAUGAAGACGGUUUGACGGCCCUGCACCAGUGUUGCAUUGAUAAUUAUGAAGACAUGGUGCGGAUCUUGUUGGCUCAUGGAGCGACUGUGAACGCUCAGGACAACGAGCUGUGGACUCCACUGCAUGCUGCUGCUACCUGUGGACACACGGGUCUCGUCAAGAUCCUCAUCCAACAAGGCGCUGAUCUCUUGGCUGUGAACUCUGAUGGUAAUAUGCCCUAUGACCUCUGUGAAGACGACCCCACCCUGGACAUCAUCGAGACUGCCAUGGCAAACCGCGGCAUCACUCAGGAGAUGAUCGAUGAGACAAGAGCGGCUGUGGAGAGCAGGAUGCUGGGUGAUAUUCAGACCCUCUUGCAGGAUGGAGCUGAUGUGAACCAGCAAGAAUCGCAGGGAGCCACGCUGCUUCACAUCGCAGCGGCGAACGGUUACGCGCAGGCUGCAGAGCUGCUUUUAGAGGGUGGCGCUAGAACAGAUGUGAAAGAUUCUGAUGGGUGGCAACCACUGCACGCCGCUGCGUGUUGGGGACAGGUCCAUGUGGCCGAGCUGCUCGUCUCACAUGGUGGCAAUCUAAAUGCCAAGACUUAUAUGGAGGAGACGCCCAUAGAUCUGUGUGAAGAUGAGGAGUUCAGGAAUCAUCUACUGGAGUUGAAGCACAAGCACGACAUCAUCAUGAAGUCGCAACUGAAGCACAAGACCUCUCUGUGUCGCCGCACCAGUAGCACAGGAAGCCGCGGUAAAGUGGUGCGGCGGGCGAGUCUGUCAGACAGACAUAACCUCUGUCGGAAAGAGUAUCAGACAGAAGCCAUCGUGUGGAGAGGACGAGAAGAACAAGACUCCGAGCAAGAGAACAGCCAAUACACGAAGCAGCCUGAACAUCCACCACGAGUUACUGGAAUCCUGAAAGAGGAAACAAGACGCAACGGUCGCCUCUCCGCUCCUAAUGGUGACCCGGUGUCCCCCGAGCCUCAAGACCAUACCACUCCCCCACACAAUGAGGAUUCUAAGCCCAGAUGCCCUCAGACGCUGUCCGAACUCAAAAAGCAGCGGUCCGCAGCCAAAUUUAUCAACUAUCCCAACCUCAACGGUCACCUGGGCAAUGGCUCCACGCUGGCCACAGAGACCAAAUCCAAUCCGGAAGAUCCUCGUAUGCCGCUGGUGUCGUCCAACGGCAGCGCGGUCUACUUCACGCCGGCCAGCGGAGACCCGCCCCUUCUGAAAUUCAAGCAGCCAAUAGAAGACGAGAACCCCAAAACUCACAGCUGCUGCUGUGUCUCAUAGUUUCCAGGAUCCCAAGCGUCCGAUUGGAUGUACACUAUGAUGUAGGCCAAAAUUAACGAGUAACAGAAGAGCAUGCGGCCCCCCACUAGUGGAUUCCCCCUAUUUUACCUGCUUAUUCCAGUCCAAACCUGGAGGUGUUCUGAUGAAGACAUGCAGGAGGAGGCAUGUGGGGUAAACAGAUCGUGUGGUACUAUAAAGCGAUGAUGAGGGUUGAAAACAGUCUUACUCUGUCUGAUCCCGGCACAGGAAGGACGGGUUGUCAGAUAGGAGGAAAAUGUAGCACAGCUUCCGUCCAUCACCCCGAUUCAUGAUUGAUACAUUGAUUCAUUCAACUGACUUCAAGAGAAAUGAAAGGUUUACUGUUUGUGGAUGCUUAAGCUGAGGAAUUGUUGAGCUGUUGUGCAGUUUAGAAUUCGGACCAGAAUGAAACGUUUCCAGUGUUUCUGUUCUGUUGCCUGUGAUGAUCUACUGUACUGUAUGUGAGAGGCAACAGGGCCCAAAAGUAUUGUGUACAGUAUUUAUUCAUAUAUGUGCAUAGAAGCCACUGUACUAUAAGAUUCUUAUUUAUUGUACUGCAGAGAGAUGAAGCCAUUUAUAGAAAGGAUGAAUUAAAGAAACGUCCACAUACGUCAGUAUUUUUGUAUGUCAGUGUUAAAAGAACACGUCUAGCUUGCAUCUCACCCCAGAAAUAACAAAAAAUAAGAUGGUAAUUUUUCGAUGCAUAUUUGUGAUGUUAUUCUCUUUGACCACAUUUCAAGGAAUACAGUAUGAAUGGACUGUAACAGACUUUUUAAUGAACAUUGAAGUGGCACUACAAAUGUGAAUUUGAGAGGGGAAACAAUCUGUGUCAUCAAAUUUGCUACAAUGCAAGUAGUGCUCCCAUAAACAUGUUUAAUUAUAUAUACAAUUUCAGAUCUAUUAUAUGCGUAUUAAUAAGCUCAUCGCUCUAUUUUAAUUUAAUUUUGGGGUGAAAUGUGACCUGGCUGUGCAAUGUGAGAUUCACAAUGUGCGUCUGUUCUACAUGUGCUUUAGAGGUGAGACAGGCUGCUGAGAGGAAAAUAAAAUGAACAUUGUAGCCGUCAUUUAAAGGGAUAGUUCACCCAAAAACGUAAAUUCUGUCAUCCUAUUCUCGGAUUGUUCCUGACAUGUCUUUGUUCUGCAGUAAAUGGGGGAUGAGAUCUGUUUGGUUACUGAAAUUCUUCCAAAGAAAUGUUUAGAGGUUUGGAACAACUUGAGGUUGAGUAAUGAUGACAGAAUUUUCAUUUUGGGUGAACUAUCCCUUUAAUGCCUACGUCAGGGAUGAACACAGCGGGAGGAGAAUGAGAAACAUAUCCAGACAGAAUAACGUAUUGUGCAUGUAAAUCACAUGAUUUAGUUAAUCCAGUAACUCUUUCGAGCUGGAUUAUGUCUCUCAUAUUGGAUGCCAAAGUCUUCCAGAAGUUAAGAAUGUUAGAAACAGCCAAUGAGGUCUAGUGAUAGUCUUGUAGUCCCGCCUUCUUGUCAACAGUAACUUCUUUCAUUCGUCACUUUACAAAAGAGGAAAGCAUGUAAAUAAUCUUUGGAAUUUGUUUCCUUUUUUAUGGAAAAUACUGAAAUGCAAUAUGAGCGAAAUGUUACAGUGAAAAUGCUUAACACUGUUCACGUCAGAGACCAAAAAUACUGACAUUAAACUGCUUUAGACACACAGAACGCUGUAUGACACAUACGGGCCUGAUGCAUCACGUUUAUGAAGGAGCCUGUGACUGAAUAUAGAAAAGCGCACCGGUGUCAUACAGCUGUAGCGCACGGUAUUCUUGUAGCUCGUGUUUUUGUACAUUGAAGUAGACAUAUGACUAGAGACAGAGAGAAUCUUACUUCUGUUUUACAGUCAGCUGAAGUUUUCCUGCCACCAUUAAAGGAAAAAUACUACUGAUUUAUAGUUACUGGAGUACACUGAUCACUGUAUUAAUGUAUUUUCAAUAAAUUGUAUAUUUUGAUCAGUUUCUAAA